CCGGAAGUGAAACUGCUGUGACGCUCGCGCCACUCGUCUUGUUUAUCUUCAUCGAGAUGAAUGCUGGCCGAUUUUACCUGCAUUUAUUGAGUUCUCAUUAAGUAACUAUUAUUCGGACCGUGUUAAUGGGCUAUUGGGGUGUUUAGAGUGUGUUUGUGUCGGACAGCAGGCGUUAAUACGAGUGUUUCUGGGUCUGUCGGAGUCUUGGCCUGAGCUCAGACACUCGUUUAUUUCACAUUUCACACAUUUAUUCUGUUAUUUCUCUGGAGUUUAGUGUGUUUGUUUCUACUUGUGUAGUAAAUCAUGGCUGUUGUCAACGAAGCAACUCUUAAAAAGAUGCUGAAGCAAUACAAAUACAGAGAUCUCACUGUCCGAGAGAUAACAAACGUCAUCUCUCAGUACAAAGACCUCAAACCUGUUAUGGAUGCGUACGUGUUUAAUGACGGAUCAUCCAGAGACUUGAUGAGCCUCACAGGAACUGUUCCAGUUAGUUAUAGAGGGAAUGUGUAUAAUAUCCCCGUGUGCUUGUGGCUGCUGGAUACGUAUCCCUACAAUCCUCCCAUAUGUUUUGUGAAGCCCACCAGUGCGAUGAUGAUCAAGACCGGCAAACACAUCGACGCCAACGGCAAGAUCUACCUGCCAUACCUGCACGAGUGGAAACAUCCUCAGUCAGAUCUGUAUGGGCUCAUCCAGGUCAUGAUUGUGGUGUUUGGUGAGGAGCCGCCUGUUUUCUCCAGACCCACCACACAACCUCCUUACCAGGCCUUCCAAGCAGCCGGACCCCCGAACCAGUCCUAUAUGCCAGGAAUGCCAGCAGUAUCUCCAUACGGGCCCAACCCAAACCCCUGUGGUUAUCCAGGUUACCCUUACCCGGGAGGCAAUGCUUAUCCUGCCACAGGCGGUCCAGCGCAUUACACUUCCCAGACUCCUGUCACUACUGUGGGUCCAAGUCGUGAUGGUACCAUCGGUGAGGACACCAUCCGAGCGUCGCUGAUCUCAGCCGUGAGCGAUAAACUGCGCUGGAGAAUGAAGGAGGAGAUGGACAGAGCGCAAGCCGAGCUGGACGCCCUGAAGAGGACGGAGGAAGACCUGAAGAAAGGACACCAGAAGCUGGAAGACAUGGUGUCCCGCCUGGACCAGGAAGCGGCUGAGGUGGACAGAAACAUCGAGCUCCUCAAGAAGAAGGACGUGGAACUUAGCGAAGCUCUGGAGAAGAUGGAGAACCAGUCGGAAAACAAUGACAUUGACGACGUGAUCAUCCCAACAGCCCCGCUCUACAAACAGAUCCUGAACCUGUACGCAGAGGAGAACGCCAUAGAGGACACCAUCUUUUACCUGGGAGAAGCCCUGCGGAGAGGAGUCAUCGACCUGGAGGUCUUCCUCAAGCAUGUGCGUCUGCUGUCCCGAAAACAGUUCCAGCUGCGAGCGCUCAUGCAGAAAGCGCGAAAGACAGCCGGACUCAGUGACCUUUACUGACCCUGCGCUCCAGCUCUGAUCACACGAGCCAGACUCGGAUCUAAUCGCUCUGUGGUAUGUCAGUGGGAGUUUAGCUGUUAAUGAUAUUUUACUUCUGAGAGAGUUUUUUAGCUACUGUAACCGGCUGACUUUAUUUUCUUGAUUAGGAAAAGGCACAAUUGCAAAUCGGGUACAAUAUUUGAACGCUAAAAGGAAAAACUAGACCUGAGCAUUAGAAGUAAAUGAGAUGUCAUAGACUUAAUGUUCCUUCUUUCAUGUGAGCUUCUUGUGGCAGGCCUUUGGCUUUAGAUACUACUGUUAUUAACCGUACAGAGUGAUAACUUUUAAAAUGUGACGUCUGCAGGAAGUAUAUGAGGAAAUUGCUCUCAGAUGUGGAUAGCGACUCCUGUUUUCAUUCAGGCACUGUUUCAAAGUGUAGUCAUACUCCAUAACUAUGUGAAUCUCACAGGAAAAUUCACCUCAAAAUAAAAUAUAUAUUUUCUGCAUAAAACAUGUAGGACUAUUAAUAUUUUUUUUAGAUUGUGUAAAAUAUUAAGUACAUUUAGGUAAAAAUGUUGGGGGGGGGAAUUAAGUACAUGUACUGCCAAAAUAUCUAAUUAAAGUGAUCAGAAAAAGAAAAAAAGGCAAUACUGUAAUGCAGUAAAAAUAAUCCAGUUCAUUUUGGAUUCUAAUUUUUAAAAAAUUAAAAACAGCAUAAAUUAAAUUCAGUAAAACAAAUCAGAUAUUUAAAAUGUAUUUUAUAAUUUAUUUUGUAUUUACAAUGAGAAUUUGAGGGAAAAUGUGCUUUAUCACAUUGCAAUAACUCUUUAUGCAAGUUUUCUUUAUGCAGCAUAUUACUUAUUAUUCCUUCCUUUGAUUUUGGGGUGAAAUAUGACAUUUCUUGACCAGUUUCUGUGAGAUUCACCCAACUUAUGGAGAACAGUGACUGAGAACUUAUGGUUCCAUAUUUCAAUUUUAUUACAUUUAUUAUUUAUCUCAUUGCAAUUGGGAACUAUUUGCUGUUCCAGAUUUAUUGUAACAUUGUUACAACUGUAUAUCAUUUCGCUGUACACAAAGUUUGGUUUGUGACUAAUAAUGUUUGAAAACUGAAAAGAUAUAAUCUGUUGCACUGUACUUUUUUUUUUUUUUUUUUACUUUUUAUUCUUCCAAAUGUUUAAAAAAAUUCUUACCUGUUACAUUUCAGUCAGUUGUCUUAAUGCACUUUUUGGAUGUGAAUUAAGAUUUUUAAGACUUGAGUUGAAUUUCUUAGUGAGACUUUACCCCCUUAUCUGCUAAUAUUCGUUCCUAUUUGUAGCAGGCUGUAGAUUAUGAUGUCAGGCAUAUCAAUAAAAGAACAUGAUCUUAAAUCAUGAUAGAUUUGUGAAUGGUCAGCACCUUGCAUCAUUUUUUCAUAUCAGUGCAUGUAAUAAAUAAUUGGCAGGUGCCAUUGUGCUAACCUGUAUUUGACCUUGAGGUUUUGAACUCUAGACGGGCCUGAUAUUGAUGCUAUAUAACUUCAUGCACCUGAAAUGCUCUAGUAAACUUUUGACACAGACAGUUUAGACAACAUUGUCCACUAACCCAGUUUGUUUCUGUACAGCUGUUAUUUCUAUUCAUUCUGCAGAACAAAGAGACGGACAGGCAGCUUUUGUAGCUAGUCACACUGUUUAUUCAGUCACGGGCUGUGUCUCAAUUCUACAAUCACACGCUUCAAGUAACCACUAUAACCGUCGCUGUUGUCUCACCACUCGGCUGGGAGUUUUUCAUUACAUGAAAACUUAAGUUAUAGUUAACUUAAGUUAUUCAAUGUGUUUACAUGCGCAAUCUUGCAAUGUUUACGAUGCUAAAAUGCUUUAAACAGUGUUCUGCUCGUAAAGUGAUUUCUCUCUGCAUGUUAAGUUAUUUGGAUUCUGUCAUGUUAUUAAAUGGACCAUAGUUAUGUAACAUGUACAGAACAAAUUCAUUCGUAAUCAUUCGUAAAUACAUUCUUAUGCAAAUUGUUGCAUUCAAUUCAAUCAACAUUGUUAACUCCCAUUCAGUUUAACAAUUCAAAAUGAAAAACAAAUCUAAGGUUAACUGUCGCAUUUCAUGUAGAAAUUCUAAAUUGUUCGUAAAACCAUUCUAAGGAAAAUUGUUGCAUUAAAUUCAACGUGACAGUUCAAAAUUGUUCAUAAUACCAUUUUUGCAUUAGUUGUCACAUUUAAUGUAACUGAAAAUGUAAAACAGUUCAAAGUUAAAGUGUUGCUUUAAAUUCAAUGCGACAAUUCAAAAUCAUUCAUUAAACCAUUGAGUUAACUGUUGCAUUUAAUGUAGAAAUUCAAAAUUGUUCGUAAAACCAUUCUAAGAUAAAACCGUUGCAUUAAAUUCAAUGUAACAAUUCAAAAUUGUAAAUAAAACCAUUCUUUUAAAGCAGUUCCAAGUUAAAUUUUUGGAACAAAUUCAAUGCGAAAAAUUUAAAUCAUUCGCUAAACCAUUGUUGCAUUAAUUGUUGCAUUUAAUUUAGAAAUUCAAAAUUGUACCUACAAUAAUUCUAAGGUAAUUAACUGAAUUCAAUUCAAUGCAAAAAGUUAUGCAUGAAAAGUUGGCCAAUUUACAGAUUUUUGUUCUGCUUGUUUCACAAAUGAGGACUAUUGUGCGUAUGUCUUUUUAUAAUUUGAUGUCAAAUCCUGCCAC